CCACGGUGAUGUCCCCAGGCAAUGGGCUGUGACAUCACCGGGUGACGGAUUGUGACUGCUUAGCCCUCGCUGCUCAUAGUGGGGUGCCAGCAGAGCCUGGCUCAGUCUGGCUCGUUCCUGGACCGUGCUGAGCAGCUGUGCGAGGCUUGGAGGUCGAGCAAGGUUUUGGCUGUGCUGUGCUGGGUCGUGCCUGGGGCUGCUCGCAGUAUCUCAGUGCCUGACCCCGCAGCAUCGCUUCUGUUUCCCUGGCCCUGUCCAGAGCAGGCAGCCAGGGCUCUACUGAGCGCACCCGCAGCAGCGGAGUGCAACACCACCGCUGCAGCUCUGGUGAAGGAGAACGACUCGUCAUCCUCCGUUCUCCCAGCCCCUGCAGCGAGAAGACCAUGGCCGCAGAAGAGGCAUGGACAUGCUCCAUCUGCCGCGACGUGCGACAGGACGUCGCCUACGCGAUUCCAUGCAACCACAUGUUCUGCCUCGGCUGCAUCCAGCGCUGGGCGAGGCUGAGGGACAGCUGCCCGCUGUGCAGGAUGGCCAUGCAGACCAUCCGGGUCUCUGUGCGGGGAGACGACGAGUACGUGGAGUGCAUCGUCUCCCCGCCCGCGGUGCCAGUGCCCGCCGGCUUCAGCGCCACCGCCGGCCCCAGCGGCUCUGCGGCGUCUGGUCCACCCUCCGCGCCGCCAUCUCCUGGGCCCGUGGCCGCGGAGGGGGAGAGAGUGGGCGGCCUCCUGCCAGAGGUCUGGGCAGCACUGUUCAGGGAGAGACGUGACAUCCUCGACCCGGUGCUGCCCUGGCUGGAGCAGGAAUUCCGCCGCAACGGGGAGCAGCGCUGGUGGAAGAUCAGCUGGCUGAAAAGCAUGAUCCUGGCAUUCCUGUGCCAGGUGGGGCCGGACAGGGACACCCUGGUGCAGUGCGCAGAGCACGCCCUGGGACCCAUCACCGCACCGCUCAUCGACGCUCUCGUCACAACCAUCGAGAGCCGGUGCGGCCAGGGGGCCCGGAGGCUGCUGGGCCUCGAAGACCUCAGCGCUGCCCAGGAGCACGAGGGAGGGCCCGAAGACGCCAGCGCUGCACAGGAGCAGGAGGGCGGCCCCGCGGCCCCAUCCAGUCCCGCCGCCUCCCCGCAGGGGACCGUCGCCCCCAGCGCCGCGCCCUCCUGCAGCUCUACGGGUGCCGAUGCGGAGGAGCUCCCCGGCACGUCCAGCGGGGCCCGAGGCAGAGGUCUUGGCCAGCCGGGUCCCGAGGCAGCCGGUCCCUCUGAGCAGGGCCACAGCCGCGGCUCCUCCGCUCGCGGCCGGGGCCCGAAGCGCUCGGCUGGGGGGCCCCGGCGCCCCACAAAGAGGAGGGCCGGCAGUGCCCAGCGCGCUCCUCCGCCCUGCAAGAGGCGGCCCCCCCGGCGCCUCUAG